UAACACAAACCCUGAAACUUUCAACCUCUCAUAACAAAAAAAAAAUGGCUACCGCCUCUCUCAUGCCGACGUUGAACAUCUUCAAUGCCUCUCCUUCAGUUAGAACAAGAGCUAGCGUCAUUGUUGCAUCAUCUCAACAACCAAGAAGGAGAGACUUACUCCUGAAAACAGCGGUGGCUAUUCCUGCGAUUCUGAACUUGAAGGAAGCUCCUAUCUCUGAGGCGCGUGAGGUGGAAGUGGGAUCGUUCUUACCACCUUCUGAGUCUGACCCUUCCUUCGUCCUCUUCAAAGCCAAACCUUCUGAUACUCCUGCUCUCCGCGCAGGAAACGUGCAGCCGUAUCAGUUUGUACUACCACCGAACUGGAAACAGCUGAGAAUAGCCAACAUCUUGUCAGGCAACUACUGCCAGCCGAAAUGCGCAGAGCCAUGGAUAGAAGUGAAGUUCGAGAACGAGAAGCAAGGCAAGGUUCAAGUAGUUGCAUCUCCUUUGAUUCGUUUAACCAACAAGCCAAACGCAACUAUUGAAGACAUCGGUGAGCCUGAGAGAGUGAUUGCUUCUCUCGGUCCCUUUGUCACUGGAAACUCUUAUGAUUCUGAUGAACUUGUGGAUACAUCAAUCGAAAAGAUCGGUGAUCAAACGUACUAUAAGUAUGUUUUGGAGACGCCGUUUGCGCUAACGGGAAGUCAUAACCUUGCGAAAGCGACAGCAAAGGGGAACACUGUGGUUUUGUUUGUGGUGAGUGCUACUGAGAAGCAAUGGCAGAGCUCACAGGAGACUCUUCAAGCUAUUCUUGAUUCUUUUCAACUGUAAAAUCAUUGUUAUGACUCUCAAGAACUAUAGAGCAAACGGUUCGUGUGUGAGUGUGUUUUACAAUAUAACGAGGCCAUUUCUUCAUC